UUCCUUAUCAGAUCUCCGCUGCCGUAUGUGAAUAGCUCGGCCAGCAAUCCAUCGGCCCCCACCGCUUUGUUAUUCUUCAGGCGGGUAAUUGCUAUUCGAACUUCUUCAUGGUCGGGUAAUGGAACGUUCCAUCGUCAUCGAUCCUAUCAAAAAUAAUGUUUUUAAGCUCGAAGUAAAUGGAUUAACUUGUUUACAUUCAAUAAGAGAUCUCAUAAACAAAUAUGACAGUUGAAGAUUGUUCCUUCAUUCACAACAGUAUGUGAACGAAUAUUUUGUCAACAUUCGUGUGAUUGCUUUCGCUAAUUAUUUCAAGAAGAAGAACUUAUUAUAAAAAAUCACCGAAAUAACAGAAUUUACUUUUCAAUUGAUAACCAAUCACCACAAUUUUUUUCAUUUAACCGAAUAUAUAUACAUAUAUGUCAAGCAAAAAGCAACAGCCUGCAUUUCAAGGAAAGGAAUGUUUCAGUCGCAUGAAUUUUCUCUUCCAAUCGUCCAUGCUUAUGGCUGGCAAAAACAACGCGUUAUCUGCCUACUACGGCGAACUAUGCCUUAGUAUUGCAAAGAAAGCUGUGCUUAAAAUUGAUCCAAACAUAAAGCGGCAGAUGUGUAAACGUUGUUCUCUCGCACUAAAACCAGGCAUAACCGCUGACUUGCAUGCUGAGACGCGACGGAAAAGACGAAAGGCUUUGAAAAAUAGUGAUAAUGUGGAUGAAAACACAAGCAUGAUCUUGACGUGCCAUCAAUGCGGGUUUAGACGUCAGUUUAUAGUCAAUCCAAAUUACAAUUUUUGGCUGGACAAUAAAGAAUCUGUGGUGGAGUCGAUCACUCUAGGCAACAAAAAACCCGAAAGUGAACAAAAGCAGUCACCAAUUAGCGAUAAGGAAACGAAAGAAACCACUACAAAAUAGAAAUAAACAUUCCACUUUGCAAUUUUGCAUUUAGGUGAGUUAAAUUAAGUGUAAAAUAUACAACUUGAUAGCCAUACAAUUUUUUUUGCAGUAUGUAUUUUAGAUAACAAAAUAUCUACAGCUUGUGUACUAUAAUCAUUUAUAAUCUGUAAUAAAAGGCUUACAUGAUUGAAAGAUCGGAGAUGGUUUUUAAACAUUCAA